AACCAGACCGGUAUGUUCACGAACACUGCGCAUACGCAGUGUGUGUAGAAAUACGACUUAGCGGUAACGUGCUACUCCGUUAGCUUUGUGUACAUUUUUGUUUUAAAGAGCUUUUAUUGCGAAAACACCGACUCUUCCGCAACAUUUACCAAGGGGGGCUGAUAUUCAUCCCUCAAAUUCCCAGGGAUCCCUCAGCCUGCCCCGAUGAAGGCUGAGCAAGACGGAGACAUUCUCGAAGAGGACUCUCCUGAGGAGAAUGGAGUCCAGAGGAACCAGUACAGCACCAUCUCUCCCCCCGCCUCACCUGAGGUCCAGGAAGAGCCCUUCUCCACAUACUAUGAGGAUAAGGUGCCCAUUCCCGAGAGUGUCAACCAGGUAUUCAGUUUCCGUAAACUCUGGGCUUUCACUGGACCAGGGUUUUUGAUGAGCAUCGCUUACUUGGACCCAGGAAACAUCGAAUCUGACCUGCAGUCUGGAGCUAAAGCUGGCUUUAAGCUGCUAUGGGUUCUUCUUGUAGCCACCAUUAUCGGGUUGCUGUUGCAGAGGUUAGCUGCACGCCUUGGGGUCGUAACGGGGAUGCACCUGGCUGAAGUUUGUAACCGCCAGUAUCCCACUGUUCCUCGGAUCAUCCUUUGGAUGAUGGUCGAACUAGCAAUCAUUGGCUCAGACAUGCAGGAAGUCAUUGGCUGUGCCAUAGCUCUCAACCUCCUCUCUGUGGGCAGGAUCCCACUGUGGGCAGGAGUCCUCAUCACCAUCACUGACACAUUUGUGUUCCUCUUUCUAGACAAAUAUGGGCUGAGGAAACUUGAAGCCUUCUUUGGCUUUCUCAUCACUGUAAUGGCUAUUAGCUUUGGUUACGAGUAUGUGCUGGUAAAGCCAGACCAAGGGGAGCUGCUGAAGGGGAUGUUUGUACCUUACUGUGCUGGCUGUGGGCCUCUGCAGCUGGAGCAGGCAGUGGGAAUUGUGGGUGCUGUCAUCAUGCCCCACAACAUCUACCUGCACUCAGCUCUGGUCAAAUCUCGGGACAUUGAUCGCAAAAAUAAGAAGGACGUAAAGGAAGCCAACAAGUACUUUUUUAUCGAGUCAACUGUCGCUCUCUUCAUCUCUUUUCUCAUAAACGUAUUUGUCGUGGCUGUCUUUGCUCAGGCCUUCUACAAUAAGACCAACAUGGAAGUGAAUGCAGUGUGCAAUGCAACAGGCAGUCCUCACACAGAUCUCUUCCCUCUGAACAACGGCACAUUGGAAGUGGACAUCUACAAAGGGGGCGUCGUGCUUGGCUGUUUUUUUGGCCCUGCAGCUCUAUACAUCUGGGCCAUAGGAAUCCUGGCUGCUGGACAGAGCUCCACGAUGACAGGCACUUACUCUGGGCAGUUUGUGAUGGAGGGUUUCCUGAACCUGCGGUGGUCUCGAUUUGCACGAGUGCUGUUGACCCGCUCCAUCGCCAUCACACCUACUCUGCUGGUAGCCAUUUUCCAGGAUGUGCAGCAUCUGACGGGCAUGAAUGACUUCCUCAAUGUGCUUCAAAGCAUGCAGCUUCCAUUUGCUUUGAUCCCAAUUCUGACCUUCACCAGUCUGACAUCCAUCAUGAAUGACUUUGCAAACGGAAUGGUGUGGAAGAUUUCCGGAGGCAUUGUCAUCCUGCUGGUUUGUGCAAUCAACAUGUAUUUUGUGGUGGUUUAUGUGACGUCACUGAACAGUGUGCUGCUCUACGUCGUUGCUGCUCUCCUCUCCGUUGCCUAUCUGUGCUUUGUAGGCUACCUGGCAUGGCACUGUCUGGUCGCUUUGGGGGUUUCCUGCCUGGACUUUGGCAGCAGGAUACAAAUUGGACUUCCACGACACACAGACAUUUACCUGCUGAACGACAUGGACGUCGAUCCCGCGGUUGAGAGAUAAGACGACGUGUUGCGAGUGGACGUGGAGCUGUGGUGACUGACGGACACUGACUCACUUGAGCAAAGCAUGGGAUGAACCCAGGGGCUUGGUCAGUAGGAGUUCAUCUUCACCUCUCGGUGCCUAACACAUUUCUAAGUGCACUUGAUGUGAGCCCACAGAUGUCUAAUCGUGUUUGUUUUUCCACAUACACUGCUGAAAACAUGCUGCAGGUCUAUGACGAGACAAUUGUGCAAAUUAUGUUAUAAAAAAUGGGCUAAAAAAAUUAGGCUUGUUUCGAACAUGUGGUUCUUGUGACCUCAUGUCCAUAAAAUGGGCCUCUCCAAUUCACUUUCCAAUUUAGAAUUGCAAAAAAAAUGUGUAUUUGGCCAUUUAGUUUAGUUUUUUAGUUUAGUUCUUGUAUAUGUUAUUAAUAUAAGAAAAAUAGUCACCAAAGCUAUGUUUAAAAGUGGGACCAAGUGGCCACCCCUUUUAUCUAAUUUAUAUUUAAAUAAAUAUUUAAAUUAAUAUAAAGUACAAACAGUCUUGCAACAAGUUACGUAUGGACAUGUCCUACCGUGUCCUUUUUAUUAAUCAUGUAAGAGAAUGACAGUUUCAUGUCACUUUUUCUUACAGUAAUGCAAAAAAUAUUUUUGUAAUAUGUUUUGCUUUUGGAGAUGUUCACAUCUGUUUGUCUUUUUACAGCUAACUCAGCUAAAGUUAAUGUGGUAAGAUAAAAAAUAGAAAAUAAAUUAUUUCAGUGGUUCCUGGUGCUGGGAUCCAUAAAAGAUAACAGCACACGCUUUUAGCCACAUGAUAAUACAUGUAUGUGUUUUGUAGCACAUGUAUACAUUCCCAUUCAGUAUGUGAAUGAAAAUAUCCUUCACAACUUCGGCCAGUGUGUUUUUAAGAUGGGCUCAUUUAUGAGUGGUUUGUCAUUUUUAAAAAGUGCUCCUUGGACUUUUAUGUAGUUUUUUAACUUUGUUUUGCUUUAGCAUGUUGGGGCAUUAGAGGCAAGUAGCCGUUUUUGUUAAGUUUUUUUUUUUUGAUGAAGCCAAAUUUGUGAAGAGUGUGUAUAGGUGUACAUAAGUGCACUCGGGUUA